AUGUUUUCAGAGGCUGACAAGGUUGCUUACUUGCUGGGUCUGAACUCUGCUGACAUGCUGAAGGCUCUGUGCUAUCCCAGAGUAAAGGUCGGAAAUGAGUUUGUCACCAAGGGACAGACUGUGCCUCAGGUGAACAACUCAGUGACUGCCCUGGCCAAGUCCAUCUAUGAGAGGAUGUUUUUGUGGAUGGUCGUCCGUAUCAACCAGAUGCUGGACACCAAACAAGCAAGGCAGUUCUUCAUUGGUGUCUUGGACAUUGCUGGCUUUGAAAUCUUUGAUUUCAACACCUUGGAGCAGCUGUGCAUCAACUUCACCAAUGAGAAGCUGCAACAGUUCUUCAACCACCACAUGUUCGUCCUGGAGCAAGAGGAGUACAAGAAGGAGGGUAUUAUCUGGGAGUUCAUUGACUUUGGCAUGGACUUGGCUGCCUGCAUUGAGCUGAUUGAAAAG